CGCAGUGGAGAGGGACCUAGGCGGCGGGACGCGGCGGAGCUGGCGGCGCGGGCGGCCUCGACCCACUCCGCGUUUUCCCGGCGCUCUGCCCUAGAUUUUCUGCGUAGCGACUUGGGGUCAUUUCUCCCUUGCUUGUCUUUAGGAGUGGCAGUCCCGGCAGCAACAGCUCGAAAGCGGACGCGGUGCCCUCAGCGGAGGCUUCUGCACUAGUCCCCCGACCUUUAGGCGGCGGGAUGUCUGUGGUUGGCAUUGACCUCGGCUUUCUCAACUGCUACAUCGCCGUAGCGAGGAGUGGCGGCAUUGAGACCAUCGCCAAUGAGUACAGCGACAGGUGUACCCCGGCCUGUAUAUCUUUGGGAUCAAGAACUCGAGCCAUUGGGAAUGCAGCCAAGAGCCAGAUAGUCACAAAUGUAAGAAAUACAAUUCAUGGCUUCAAAAAGCUUCAUGGACGAUCAUUUGAUGAUCCCAUUGUGCAGACUGAAAGGAUCAGGCUUCCCUAUGAGUUGCAGAAGAUGCCUAAUGGAAGUGCAGGAGUUAAGGUGCGGUACCUAGAAGAAGAGAGACCAUUUGCAAUUGAACAAGUUACUGGAAUGCUGUUGGCCAAGCUUAAAGAGACUUCAGAAAAUGCUUUGAAGAAACCAGUGGCUGACUGUGUGAUUUCAAUUCCUAGCUUUUUCACUGAUGCUGAGAGAAGAUCUGUGAUGGCUGCAGCCCAGGUUGCAGGCUUGAAUUGUUUGAGGCUGAUGAAUGAAACUACUGCAGUUGCGCUAGCAUACGGAAUUUAUAAGCAGGAUCUUCCCUCGUUAGAUGAGAAACCAAGAAAUGUAGUAUUUAUUGAUAUGGGACAUUCUGCCUAUCAGGUCUCGGUUUGUGCUUUUAACAAAGGAAAACUUAAAGUCUUGGCUACUACCUUUGAUCCAUAUUUGGGUGGCAGGAACUUUGAUGAGGCUUUAGUGGACUACUUCUGUGAUGAAUUCAAGACCAAAUAUAAGAUAAAUGUGAAAGAAAACUCUCGGGCCUUGUUACGUUUAUAUCAGGAAUGUGAAAAACUAAAGAAGUUAAUGAGUGCAAAUGCAUCAGAUCUUCCACUGAACAUUGAGUGUUUCAUGAAUGACCUUGACGUUUCUAGUAAAAUGAACAGAUCUCAAUUUGAACAAUUAUGUGCUUCCCUCUUGGCCAGAGUUGAACCACCUUUAAAAGGAGUAAUGGAGCAGGCUAACUUACAACGUGAAGACAUAAGUAGUAUAGAAAUUGUAGGAGGGGCAACAAGAAUUCCUGCAGUGAAGGAACAAAUCAGUAAAUUCUUUCUGAAAGACAUAAGCACCACAUUAAAUGCUGAUGAAGCUGUUGCAAGAGGAUGUGCACUACAGUGUGCGAUUCUCUCACCAGCAUUUAAAGUGCGUGAAUUUUCCAUAACAGACAUUGUUCCCUAUUCCAUCACACUAAGGUGGAAGACCUCUUUUGAAGAUGGAACUGGGGAAUGCGAAGUAUUCUGUAAGAACCAUCCUGCCCCAUUCUCAAAAGUCAUCACUUUCCACAAGAAGGAACCAUUUGAACUAGAAGCAUUUUAUACGAAUUUGCAUGAAGUGCCUUAUCCUGAUGCAAGAAUUGGGAGCUUCACUAUUCAGAAUGUUUUUCCACAGUCUGAUGGUGAUAGUUCAAAAGUAAAGGUUAAAGUUCGUGUCAACAUCCAUGGAAUCUUCAGUGUGGCUAGUGCAUCCGUAAUUGAGAAACAGAAUUUGGAAGGAGAUCACAGUGAUGCUCCUAUGGAGACAGACACUUCAUUUAAGAAUGAAAACAAAGAUGAUAUGGAUAAAAUGCAGGUUGACCAAGAAGAAGGAAGUCAUCAAAAGUGCCAUGCUGAGCAUACCCCAGAAGAGGAAAUUGAUCAUACAGGAGCCAAAACAAAGUUAGCUCCCUCAGACAAACAAGACCGAUUAAAUCAAAACAUUAAAAAAGGAAAAGUCAAGAGUAUUGAUCUUCCUAUUCAAAGCAGCCUAUGUAGACAGCUGGGCCAAGAUCUUCUCAAUAGCUACAUUGAAAAUGAGGGGAAGAUGAUAAUGCAAGAUAAAUUAGAGAAAGAAAGAAAUGAUGCUAAGAAUGCUGUUGAAGAAUAUGUAUAUGAUUUUAGAGACAAGCUGGGCACUGUCUAUGAAAAAUUCAUCACUCCAGAAGACAUGAAUAAACUAUCUGCAAUAUUAGAAGACACAGAAAAUUGGCUUUAUGAAGAAGGAGAGGACCAGCCUAAACAAGUAUAUGUGGAUAAGCUUCAAGAACUGAAGAAAUAUGGCCAACCUAUUCAAAUGAGGUACAUGGAACAUGAAGAGAGACCGAAAGCUUUAAAUGACUUGGGAAAAAAGAUUCAGCUCGUCAUGAAAGUGAUAGAAGCGUACAGAAACAAGGAUGAAAGAUAUGAUCAUUUGGAUCCUGCUGAAAUGGAAAAAGUUGAAAAAUACAUCAGUGAUGCCAUGAGUUGGCUGAACAGUAAAAUGAAUGCACAGAACAAACUAAGUCUCACUCAAGAUCCUGUGGUGAAAGUUUCAGAAAUAGUUGCAAAAUCAAAGGAACUGGAUAAUUUCUGUAACCCCAUCAUUUACAAGCCCAAACCAAAAGUAGAAGUUGCUGAGGACAAAGCAAAAGCUAAUAGUGAACACAAUGGACCAAUGGAUGGACAGAGUGGAACUGAAACUAAACCAGAUACAACAAAAGAUAGCUCACAGCAUACUAAGUCUUCUGCAGAGAUGGAAGUGGACUAAGUGUUAAUUUACCUUCAUAUAAUUCAAAUAGUGCAAGUAACCCCAGGGUCCAUUCUUCUUUUACAUCUGGUACACACAACAGUUGUUCAGUUGUUCUUAACCACUUUUUGUCAUUUGUUUCUUGGAGUAGUUUUGAAAAGUGUUUUAUACUGAGUGCACCUCUGUUCAUUUCCAUUGCGGCUUACGUGAAGCUUUAGCCACAUUUAGAUUUAUAAAUCAAUUUAAGAUUUCCUGAUAUAUUUUACAAGAUAUGUAAUUGGAACAAUCUCCUUUAUUUAAAGCCUCUACUUGGAUAAACCUCAGUUCCUUUAUUUAGGAAAGGCUACCAUAUUGCACUAUUGUUGCAGAAGUAUGGAUUUAGAUGCAUCAUUAUUUUGAAAGAAAUUUAAAUUGAUGUGGUUAAAAGCCACUGAGGCACUGACUUUUUUCUAGUUAUUGUAUUGUUAUAAUUUAAAUAAGAGGUUCCUGAACAAAUAAGUCCACCUCGUUGAUGUACCAUGAGAACUCUAAAGCUCUGUUGUCAUCACAUAAAUGAACUAAAUCACAGAUUGAAAGAGAAAAAUGAACAAUUUUAUGUGAAGGUGA